AUGACUUCCUAUUUCUGCCAUGAUACCAAAUCUGACCUCGGAUCGACAGAAUUGGCUAUAGAUUUUGAUGAUAUAAAUGAUGCAAAUGUCAUAAUCGAAGUUGGGGGAGAAAAUAAUUUAGAAUUCAAAUCUUUUAAGGCUCAUUCAUUGGUGUUAUGCGAAAAAUCCACUUAUUUCAGAAUUGCGUUAUCGGACAAAUGGGCUAGGAAAGAAGAGGAUAUCUAUAUUUUUAAAAAGCCAAAUGUUGCUCCAAAGAUUUUCGAAGUUAUUUUAAAGUUUAUUUAUUACGAAAGUGUGAAUUUAGAACACUUAGAUGGUCCAGAUUCGAUCGCGCUAUUAAUCGCUUCAGACGAAAUAGAACUUCAACGACUAUGUAUACAUGUGCAGACUCAUAUAAUGAAUACACAAAACGAUUGGCUCUGCAAAAAUUUAAUAUUUGUUCUUGAUAUAAUAUCAAAACAUGAAGAUUUUGACAUACUUCGUGAACACGUACUUGGCAUAGUGUGUAGGGAUCCCCAUUUAAUUUUUGGUGCAAGUAAUGAUUAUUUAUUCCUCUCUGAAUCAAUCAUGAUUCUUUUACUAAAACGUGACGAUCUAGGAAUGGACGAAAUUGACAUCUGGGAAUACCUCAUAAAAUGGGGGAUAGAACAUACAAAAUCCCUAAGUCAAAUUAAUCGCGAUAUAAAUAAUUGGUCUAAAAGCGAUUUUGCAGCUCUGGAAGAAACCUUACAUAAUUGCAUACCGUUAAUUAGAUUUUUUCAGAUUUCUUCAACGGACCUGUAUGAUAAGGUUAGAAUUCCUUACAAAAAGAUUUUACCAAAACAAUUGAAUGAAGAUAUUAUUAAAUAUUUUAUGAAACCUGGCUGUGAACUUACUACUAGAAUUUUACCUUCUCGUUUAACGAUUAUAGAUUCUCAUAUCAUUAAAUCAAUACAUGCUGGACUUAUAAGUAGCUGGAUCGAUGGAAAUGUCCAUGACAAUGGACCACUUACUAAAAUGAGAGAUUAUGAAAACAUUGUAAAUAGUUUUGUGUUUUCGUUUAAUGUUAAUGAUGAUCUGAAAAAUGCCGUGUUAAGUAGGGUUGUGGUGGCUAGUAACGCGUUUUAUUAUUCUACUUCGAAUGGCCCUUGUUUUGGAGAUGGUGAUCUUUGGAUGACUGGAACUUUUGGAUCAUCAAGGAGAAUGUCGUAUGAACAUAGUAUUAUGGAUGUGUCUAAUUUCUUUGCUAACGAUUAUGAGGUUUUUCAAGUCAAAAAACGGUAA